AUGUGCAGCCCAGAACUUCUAGAAUUCACGCAUGGCCUGGGUUGGACAGCCGCCUGGCCUUGGACAGCCGCCUGGCCUCGCGCCCGUCGCCCGUGUGCUCCUGCCCGAGCCGCAGCCCUGGACACGCUCCUCCCCCAGGUACGAGAGCGACUGCGGGUCCCCAAGGACCAGAUCAGCUGCCUGCCCACUACUUUCAGCGGGAACCACUUCCAGCUGUGGGCUCUGGGAUGCUUCUGCACCGCGCGCCACCUGGCCAAGCGCCUCAAGAGCAACAGCUUCUACCCGUUCUCGCAGCAGCAGCCCAACGUGUUUGUGCUCGAGUACUACCUGGACACUCUGUGGAAGGGGACGCUGCUCUUCGUCGUUUGCCUGUCGCUAGUCAGCUGUGGCCUCGUGAGCAAGGUGCAGGACCAGGAGACCUGGGGCUUCCCGGCAUAUGGCAUGGGCGUGGGCCUGUGGCUCAUGGUCUCGUCACUGCCUCGCCGCCGCCUGGUGCUGAACCACACCCGCGGCAUGUACCACUUCUCCAUCCAGGGCCGCACCGUGUAUCAGGGCCCCAUGCACCUGGUCUACGUGCGCCUGGCGCUCAGCUCCGACGGCUAUGGAAGGUGCUUCUUCCAGCUGGUCCUGUGCGGCCACAAGCUGGAGCCCCUGGUGCUGGUGCAGCUGUCCGAGCACUACGAGCAAGUGGAAUUCCUGGGCCGUCAUAUUGCCCGGAAGCUCAAUGUUAACUAUUUCGACUACCUGACCACGUCCUACCGACACGUGAUCCGCCACUGGCCGCUGGGAGCCACCUGCAGCCCGGGCAUUGUGCUUCGCAAGGACCACACCUACAAAAAAGCCAACCGCUUUCUGUCCGACCUGGACGUGUGA